CAACAGUUCAUCUUCAUUGUUGACAAGAAAUGGCAAAAAUGAGAGUCGUCAGUGUGAUUAAGUUGAUUUCACUUGUUUUACUUUUCGAAAAAGUUCUCGGCAUCUCCAACAAAGAAGAGGUACUUCUUUCGGAAGAAUUUCAUAGAGGGGCUGAAGAUACCAAAAAAUCAACAGGUUACGAUCAAGCCAAAACAGGUACCUUAAACCAAAAUGUAUAUUAUGCACAGCAGCAAGAUGGUCACAGAUACGCCGAAGAUAUACCUAGAAGCAGCUAUUACGUCAAUGAAGGCGCCAAUUUGUUAUACGGGCAAGAAGCAGUUGCAAACUAUGGACAGUACGACCAUGCAGCUCAAAUGAUACCAGUUUAUGGGUAUGCUCCAGAAGUUCCGUAUAUAUACGGUGGUCAUGCUGCCUCUCUUCCUUACAAUUAUGGAUAUGGAUAUGGAUACGGACAUCCAGUAGGGCACAGUUAUGGUCACAAUUAUGGACACGCAGCUGAGGAAGUAGAUCAUCAUUACGACCAUCAUUACGAUCAUCAUUACGAAAAUACUGGAUUUGGUGUUACUGGAAUUGGAAAUUAUCUCAAAAAGAAACUUACCUUGAAGAAACUAUUCAUUCCUCUAGCAGGACUAGCACUGCUAGCGGCAGUAGGCACUCUCAGUACUACUAACCCUCUACUACUUCAACUUGGUACCAUCAGUGCCUCAACUGGUAGAGGCGGCCUAAGAAGAUCAGCUCAUGGGGAAGUUUCGUUCCCAGUGAACCCCUUUUUGAGAUCGAAGGUUUCGAGAAACGCGAAUAAAACAAGAAAAUGAAGAGAACAUAGUUUUAUUUGUUUAUAUUUAUAUUAAAUAGUAUUGUUGAUUUUUCUUUUAGUUUUUAUUUAUUUCAUUUUAGGAAGAAAAAGGCAAACAUUAUAAUUUUUUUGGAAGCAUAUCUCAUCUUAUCUCGGCGACGUUAGAAACUACCGACCCGUUAGCUUGUUGUCACAAAUAUAUA